AUGUUCGCAAGCCGCGCCUUCGCGAGGUCGCGGCUGGCCAUCCGCACAACCCGCUCACGAAUACCCACGACGAAAACGGUUCUGAGCCAAUCCUCUACAGAUUCCUCGCCCUCGUCUUCCCGCGCCGCAGGUCGCAUCCUCGACCGCGUGCCCCUCCGCUUCCAAGAAUACACUACCGGCCUCCGCAAAGCGCCCCUCUCCCAUGUAGUCGCUUUCCUCAUACUGCACGAAAUCACCGCCGUCGUGCCACUCCUCGGCCUCUUUGGUCUAUUCCACUACACAAACUUUCUCCCGCUCGAGUACGUGACGGGCCACUGGGCGGGCUACGUCAGGGAUGGCGUGGGCAUGGCGGAGAGGUAUUUCAGCCGCAAGGGGUGGUUCGGGUUCGAGGCUCAGGACCGCGGGACGAUGACGGGGCAAUUGGAGAAGAGCGGGGAUGGGGAGCUCGAGACGAGGACGGAGGAGGUGGAGAGCACACGGGACGUUUUGGAGAGAUGGCAGAGGGAUGGCAAGUACAAGGUUGUGGUGGAGGUGGCUAUGGCUUGGGCGAUUACGAAGGCGCUGCUGCCGGCGAGGAUACUCGUCAGCGUGUGGGGGACGCCAUGGUUUGCAGGCAUGAUGGGCAGGGCGCGCGGAAUGUUUAGAUCAAGUCGGUAA